UUGUAUUAAGCAGAAUGUUCAAAGAGCACCCACAUACUGUGAGCUACUUCACAAACUUCAAAGAACUACAGUCCAUUGCAGGAACUGCAUCAGUUACAGAACUUGAAGGCCUAUCAGACGUUUGCACCCAUGGCAAGAAAGUUUUAUUUGCUCUGAAUGAUAUGGUACAGCAAGUGGACAACAUGGAUGCUUUAAAAGCUAUCAUUGAGCCUUUAGGCAAGAAGCAUGCUGUGGAACUGAAAGUGGAUGUAAAGGAGUUAGAAAUACUUUGUAGAAUUCUGCUGGAACUCAUGGCUGAAAAAUGUGGUGAAGAUGCCAAAACAGACUUCAAAAAAGUGACAGAUGUUGUGUGUGAACAAAUCAAGUCUACUUAUUGAGACUGCUGCAUUUGAUACACAAAUGGAUAAUAAAAUAAUGAAACCUCAAAAAAAAAAAAAAAAA